AUGUAUUGGGGAGCUACCAUUACCCAUAUCCUUGAAACUACAUGUCCCAAAAAGGCAACUGAAUCCAACUAUAUACGAAGAUGUAUAUUCAACUCGCCAGAAAUUUUUGAUUUCUACACUAACUUUUGUCCUCCAAAUUAUACAUUGCCUAAUGAUAAUGGUGGUUGGUGUAAUCCACAUCGUACUCAUUUUGAUCUCGCCAUGCCUAUGUUCCUCAAGAUCGCUGAGUAUCGUGCUGGUAUCGUCCCUGUUAUUUAUCUUAGGGUGCCAUGUAGGAAGCAAGGUGGAAUAAGGUUCACUAUCAAUGGUUUUAGUUACUUCAACUUGGUUUUAGUCACGAAUAUCGUGGGUGCAGGUGACAUUACAAAGGUUAUUGUGAAGGGUACGAGGACUAACUGGAUAACGUUGAGUCGUAUUUGGGGUCAGAGCUGGUAA